AUGGCGUCGACCGGGAGUCCCCCCUCGCUGCCAAAGCCACCGUCGCGAGCCGUCCAGAUGGAGCUCCAGAACCGCAUAUCGCUCGCAACGUCUCGCAUGUCAUUUCUGCAAAAGUACCGAAGCAAGCGACCGCAACCCUCCGCCGCACCGACGAACGGGACGGCGACAACGACAAAGACGGCUUCCUUCUCAUCCCUGGCCGGCAAGGGCAGACCAGCAGCCACCGCUGUAAAUAACGGCGACGGCGACGACGACGACGAAGAUGAGCCGCCCCUGCGAGCGGUCGCAGACCCCAACACCGGCCUCGGUCACGCACCCAAGGCGGCGGCGGCGGCUGCGACGGCCGCGUCCCGGCAGAACGACAAGUUGCGCGCGCGGCUGGUAGGAAGGCAGCAGCAGCAGAAGGGCGGAGGCGGUAGUGACAAGUCGGCCGCGAAGCGGCAGCGCAACGACCAAGACAGCAGCGAGGACGACGAGCCGGGCCGGAGCGGGCUGGGGCGGUCCAAGAAACAGAAGCGACAGCCGACGCAGCAGCAAGCGCGGUCUGAUGAUCUAGAAUAUGACGCUAUUGGUGACGAUGGUGGUGAUUGCACGCCUCGGGAAGAGCAGAUGCAGGGUUCCAGGCCCGCGCGUGCCGAGGUUGGGCUCGACCAUGUGCAACAUGACGCAGCAAAGGGAUUAUCUGGCCCUGACGAGAUCGAUUCAAACGCUGCCGAUCCAGUCAAGGGCAGAAAGAAUAAACAGAAGAAAAACAAAAAGAAACAAAAGUCAUCGUUGAGUUGA